AUGGCGGGAACUGCUUUGUUGAUGCUUUUUGUGGGGUCGGUAGGGUGUGUUGGUGCUGUAAAAUUGGAACGGUUUUUGCUUGGAUCGUUUUCUGAUGAAAAUAUGAGCAAUUAUUUGUCCAAUAUUUCUAAAAAUCGGUACAAUAGAGACCGUUGGGUAUUGCCAGUUAUGGAUUCUGUCCAAUUUUAUCAUCAUUGCUGUGGUGGUUACAACUUUAGUGAAUAUUCUGACUCCUUUUGGUAUUUGACAAACACUGAGAGGGGAACUCGUUCAUACGUUCCCCGUUCUUGCUGUCGACAAUCACAAGAAGGCCGCGCUUGGGCCAUUCAACCUAUAGAUCCAUUGUGUAUUCAAUACUUACCGGGAAGCAGGGCAUUCAACAAUUCUGUCAAUAUUCAAGGCUGUGGCGUGCCAACAAAAAAUCAUCUUGACUGGCAGAUUGGAAUUGUUCUUUUAACUUGUGUUUUGUGUUCAUUAGUGGAUGUAAGAUUUAUUUUAAAUUUACAAAAUUUUCGGGAGAAACUGAUUUUGGGAUAA